AACCCAUUCCCAAAUUGCAAAACCGCAUUCUGAAACAAGUUCUUACUGGAACGGCUACUGCAACGUCGGCAACGUCACUGCUUCUUUCGCCCUCCGCCGCCACCACUUGCAUCACCACCGUUGUAUCGUUUCAAUUCAGUUUCCAUUAAUUUCAAGCUUUAUUCUGUUGUCAUUAAAGAAGGGCACAGUCUGAAGAUGAAUACUCUGAGCCAGCAAAACAAAAGAAUGGAAGACGGAGAGGAUGAAACCAAUAGAGGUGAUUCAACAAUGUUGGAAAGUGAUGUCAUUGAUCUGCCUUUGGCCAAAAGUAAUGAUGAUCAACAUUUGGUCAAAAACAAUAUAAGUGAAGAUGGCGAGCAAGGCAAAAAGAAAAAGAAGAAGAAACUAAGUGAAGAAAGAAAGCAUAAUGAGUAUAACCAGUUCAAAAGGGACGAAUUUGAAGAUGGUGAUGAUGGAACGGAAAUGAAAAAGAAACGGAUGCUAAUUGAAGAUGGAGAGCAGUGCAAGAAGUUAAAGAAAAAGAAAAAGAAACUGAGUGAAGAAAGCAAACAAAAUGAUUCUAAGGAGGUCGAAAGCAAUGAAUGUGAAGAUGAUGACCAAGGAAAGAAGAUGAAAAAGAAGAAUCUAAUUGAAGGAAACACACUUAAUGUACGUAAUGACUUUAGCAGCAAUGAAGGUGAAGAUGGUGAGCAGGUCAAGAAGUUAAAGAAAAAGCAGAAGAAUAGGAGUGAAGAAAGCAAACAAAAGGAUUAUAAGGAGGACAAAAGCAAUGAAUCUGAUGACAAAGGAAAGAAGAUGAAAAAGCAGCAGAAAGUAAUUGAAGGAAACACACUUAAUGAGCGUAAUGACUUUAGCAGCAAUGGAGGUGAAGAUGGAGAGCAGGCCAAGAAGUUAAAGAAAAAGAAGAAGAAACUGAGUGAAGAAAGCGAACAAAAGGAUUAUAAGGAGGACAAAAGCAAUGAAUCUGAACAUGAUGACCAAGGAAAGAAGAUGAAAAAGCAGCAGAAACUAAUUGAAGGAAACACACUUAAUGAGCGUAAUGACUUUAGCAGCAAUGAAGGUGAAGAUGGAGAGCAGGCCAAGAAGUUAAAGAAACAGAAGAAGAAACUGAGUGAAGAAAGCGAACAUGAGGAUUAUAACAAGGUCAAAAGCAAUGAACGUGAAGAUGAUGACCAUGAAAAGAAAGUGAAAAAGAAGAAGAAACUGAUUGAGGGAGGCAGACUUGAGGAGUGUAAUGACGUAAUAAGCAAUGGAGAUGGUGACCAAGGAAAGACGACAAAGAAGAAGAAUAAACCAAGUCACAAAAGAAAAAGUAAGAAGGACAAUGAUUUUAAUAGCAAUCAAGGUGAAGUUAAUGAUCAAGGCAAAACGAUGAAGAAAAAAAGGGAAGCAAAGGCAGUUACAAAUGAUGAAUCUCCUAACUCUGCACAUAAUGGAACAUCUAAACGCAAACGGGUAACUUUUUCCAAUCAAGUGGAGACGUUUUGUUGUGAUGGUUUAGUGCGUGGGAAACGUUUUACACCCGAAGAAGAUGAGAAAAUUAAAGCCGCUGUUUAUGACUAUAUAGAUUCUCAUUGUUUGGGAGAUGAAGGUGUAGAUAUGAUUCUUCAUAGCCAAUCCUACCCUUCAAUUAGAGGUUGUUGGAAGGCUAUUGCACAAGCCCUACCUCAUAGGCCUCUGGAUAGUGUGUCUAAACGCGGUCAUGUUUUGUUUGAAAACAAUGUGGAAUUUGAGUGGACACCUGAUGAGCGUGAAUUUGUACGAAAGGCCUACGAGCAACAUGGGCCUGAUUGGAGGGCAAUAGCUGAUGCUUUGGGUAAAAGUCGAAAUCAGGUAAAAGAUUUGUGGCGCAGAUUAAAGUGUACUGGGAGAAAGACAGGACCUUGGUCCCAGGAGGAGUAUCAAACUUUAUUUAAUUUAGUAAACCUCGAUCUCCGUACGAGGGCUUUAGAGCCUUAUAGAAAAUCCCAACAUGGUAUGUUGCGAGAUAAUAUUUGUUGGGAAGCAAUUAGUCAGAAGUUGAAAACCCGAGACAGUGCAAUUUGCUGCAUGAAGUGGUAUGGACAGUUAAUAUCACCAAUGACUGCUACUGGUGAAUGGUUAGAUUCUGAUGACUUCCGCUUGAUAGAUGCUUUAUAUGCUUUGGAUGCUUGCAGCAUGGAAGAGGUAGACUGGGACAAUCUAAUUGAGUAUAGGUCUGGUGAUGUAUGCAGACAACGAUGGGAUCAUAUGGUCCAACAUAUUGGCGAUCGAGCAGGGAAGUCAUUUAUUGAGCAGGUUGAAAUUCUUGCGAAGAGAUUCUGUCCAGACUUAUUGGAAGCAAGAGUGGCUUUUGACAACAAACCUGUGGUUUGUUGAGGUUUCUAACCUCUCUACCAUGGUUCACCUUGGGGUGAAAUAAUUUUAUCAAACCAGAAUGUAUUAUGCCAUGAUGUGUACGGUGUUUUUUGUGGGAUCAUCAAUGCUUUUCUGCUGUAUUUCAGAAAAUAGACUUAGUAUUGGAUUUUGAGGGUGAUAUAGUAGUGCUUUCUUGUGAUAAAAAUUUGACCCUUGUUCUUUUGUUCCUAUUUAAUGUAAGUUAAACUUUAUUUGUAAGUGUUUGUUUUGAUUA